AUGGCGCCCUCGCUGCUCACCCUGGGCCUGCUCGCUCUGAUCCUGAGCCACGGACAGUAUGCGGUGGCAGCUGCUGGAACUGCCCAGCUUGUCGCCCGCCAAAGCAACGAGACAGCAUCAAGUCCGUACUUCACAGCCAUAUCGGACUAUGUCGACUCCAUCACCGAUGAGCUCUCCACUAUCAACACCGAGAUCCACUCCAACCCAGAGCUGGGCUAUGAGGAAGUCAAGGCACACGAGCUUCUGACGUCCUUCAUGGAGGGACAGGAGGGGUGGAACGUGACUCGCUCUGUCGGCAACAUCUCAACUGCCUUCAUGGCCGAGUUCACAGGGAGCGGCGAGGGCCCGGUCAUCGGAUUCAACGCAGAGUACGACGCUCUCCCCGAGCUCGGGCACGCGUGUGGGCACAACCUCAUCGCCACCGCCUCCGUAGGCGGCGCCCUCGCAGCCGCCGAAAUCAUGCGCAAGGAAAACCUCGGCGGCAAGAUCAUCCUCUUCGGCACGCCCGCGGAGGAGUCGCUCGGCGGCAAAGUCAAAAUGCUCGAAGCCGGCAUCUUCCACGACGCCAAAAUCGACGUCUCCCUCAUCUCCCACCCGACCUCCUCCGGCGACACCCCCUACAUGAUCACCACCUCGACCGACCGCUUCGACGUGACCUACACCGGCCGCGAAGCCCACGCCGCCGCCGGCCCCUGGGAGGGCAUCAACGCGCAGGACGCCCUGCUCAUCGCCAACUCGGCCCUGAGCUACAUGCGGCAGCAACUGCGCCCGUCGGACCGCGUGCACGGCUUCAUCUCCUCGGGCGGCUCGCGCAUCAACGUGAUCCCCGCGCAGGCCUCAGGCAGCUACCAGAUCCGGGCCAACGACGAAGCCGCCCUCACCAACCUGACCGAACGCGUGCACAACUGCUUCAAAGCGGGCGCGCUCGCCUCCGGCGCAGAGAUGAACCUCACCACCCGCCCCUACGGCUACGCAAACCACGUCACCGCCCCGCUGCUCGCGGCCUCGUACGCCGCAGCCUUCACCCGCCUCGGCGGCUCGCUCCCGCCCACCGAACUCGACACCGCAAAAGACCCCUCCGGCUCCACCGACCAGGGCAACCUGAGCCACGAGUGGCCCAGCAUCAGCCCCAUGUUCGCCAUCACGAAUGAAGACGGCAGCACGCCCGCGGGCGGGCCGCACACGGCGGCGUUCGAGGUCGCGGCCGGGUCGCGGAAGGCGUUUGAGAAGAGUCUGGUGGUUGCGAAGGGGUUGGCGGGGGUGGCGGUGGAUGUUUUGACUGUCGAGGGGUUGUUGGGGAGGAUUCGGGAGGAGUUUGAGGGGAGGGAGGGGGGGUCGAGGAGGAGGAGGAGGAGGAGGGUGUAA